CGCUUCCGUCCAGCAGCCUCAGAGCAACGCGGCACGGCAUGGGAGGUGGCACAUUGGCUCCUUGGCGCCACUUUCCAUAUCUCCGGGCUGCUUCCUAUUUUCAUCUGGAAAUCUGAUUUUCUCUCCAGAGCCCUAAACGUUCCACUCCUUCUAGGGCUGCAGUACCCAAGAGUCCGAGAGCCAGGCGCCCUAGUCCUGGGAUCACCGAUCUCGGGCUCCAGGAGCCAGGCAUCCCGGAUCCACGCCACCUGGGUUGAGCUUGAAGACCUCAGCUACCUGAGCGCCCUUAAUCCUCCUGGGAAUCAAAGACCCUCUACGUGCUGGUCUGAAGAGCUGUUCCCUACCCCAACAACAACAACAAAAAGCUACCCAGGCGCUCUCAACUCCCAGUUUUCGGGGAUUCGACAUCACCGGGAAAAAUAAAGAGCUCUCUGCACACAACUUAGGACCCUCCAGUCUCCGAGAUCCGGUAGACGCACAACUUCAAGGACUGCUGCGAAGUUUCAGCCUCCACUCUAGGUCCUAAGGACGUCACACCCAGUCUCUAGGCGCACAAGGAACGCCCCUGCUACGGCUCAGCAUGGCAGUGGAUCCCCCUAAGGCUGACCCCAAAGGGGUGGUGGCGGUGGAUCCCACCACAAACGGUGGCCCCGCGCUGGGAUCCAGAGAGGACCAGGGUGCGAAAGCAGGUGGUUGCUGCGGUUCCCGGGACCAAGUGCGCCGCUGCCUUCGCGCCAACCUGCUGGUGCUGCUCACGGUGGCUGCCGUGGUGGCCGGCGUGGUGCUAGGACUCGGGGUCUCGGCGGCGGGCGGUGCUGACGCGCUGGGCCCCGCGCGCUUGGCCGCUUUCGCCUUCCCGGGAGAGCUGCUGCUGCGUUUGCUGAAGAUGAUCAUCCUGCCGCUCGUGGUGUGUAGCCUGAUCGGAGGCGCAGCCAGCCUGGACCCUAGCGCGCUCGGCCGCGUGGGCGCCUGGGCGCUGCUCUUUUUCCUGGUCACCACGUUGCUCGCGUCGGCGCUCGGCGUGGGCUUGGCCCUGGUGCUGAAGCCGGGCGCCGCCUACACCGCCAUCAACGACUCUGUUGUAGACCCCUGUGCCCACAAUACAGCCACCAAAGAGGUGCUGGAUUCCUUUCUGGAUCUCGCGAGGAAUAUUUUCCCCUCCAAUCUCGUGUCUGCCGCCUUCCGCUCCUUUUCUACCUCAUAUGUACCCAAAGACAGCUGCGCAACCAAAGACAACAGCGCACAGCAAGCCUGUAUGACGAGAGAGAUCAAUGGAACCAUGGUCCAGCUUGGCUGCGAGGUGGAGGGAAUGAACAUCCUGGGCCUGGUGGUCUUCGCCAUCGUCUUUGGCGUGGCUCUGCGGAAGCUGGGGCCCGAGGGUGAGCUGCUCAUUCGCUUCUUCAACUCCUUCAACGAUGCCACCAUGAUCCUGGUCUCCUGGAUUAUGUGGUACGCCCCCGUCGGCAUCUUGUUCCUGGUGGCCGGCAAGAUCGUGGAGAUGGAAGACAUCCGUGAGCUCUUCAUCAGACUCGGCAAGUACAUCCUGUGCUGCCUGCUGGGCCACGCCAUCCACGGGCUCCUGGUCCUGCCUCUCAUCUACUUCCUCUUCACCCGCAAAAACCCCUAUCGAUUCCUGUGGGGCAUCAUGACCCCCCUGGCCACAGCUUUCGGGACAUCGUCGAGCUCUGCCACAUUGCCCCUGAUGAUGAAGUGUGUAGAGGAGAAGAAUGGCGUGGCCAAACACAUCAGCCGGUUCAUCCUGCCCAUCGGUGCCACGGUUAACAUGGACGGGGCGGCGCUGUUCCAGUGCGUGGCUGCAGUGUUCAUUGCGCAACUGAACCAUGUGUCCCUGGACAUCGUGAAGAUCAUCACCAUCCUGGUCACAGCCACUGCAUCCAGCGUCGGUGCGGCAGGAAUCCCUGCAGGGGGCGUCCUCACCCUGGCCAUCAUCCUGGAAGCAGUCAGCCUCCCUGCCAAGGACAUCUCCUUGAUCUUGGCCGUGGACUGGCUAGUGGACAGGUCCUGUACUGUCCUCAAUGUGGAAGGCGAUGCUUUCGGAGCCGGGCUGCUCCAGAGUUACGUGGAUAGCACCAAGGUGCCGAGCUCGGAGCCUGAGCUGCUCCAGGUGAAGAACGAGGCGUCUCUGAAUCCACUGCCCCUGGCCACAGAGGAGGGGAACCCCCUCCUGAAACAGUACCCGGGACCCGCCGGGGACGCCGGUGCCACGUGCGAAAAGGAGUCUGUCAUGUGAAUAUCAGGAGGGACUUCACAUUGGACGCUGGAGAAGUGGACUGGAUAAGGGCUCUGGGGUGGCCGCUUACACACUCCGGGCGGGGAUCCCUAUCUCCUUCCUGGAGACGCUAUUAGAAGCCUGUUGCUGGGGUGCUUAUGCUCAUAUAUGAAUGUGUCCACAGAUCUCCCCCAUUCUGCGCCCCAGUCAAGGAAUACCAUUCUCUGUCUCUGGCCUACCUGUCUUGGAGUGGGUUGCCCUGUAGAGUUCUCUUUUUGAAGGCAAAAGUAUUGUGAUGUAAUACUAUCUUAAUGUCCCUGCUGUGUGUGUGUGUGUGUGUGUGUGUGUGUGUGCAUACUGUGACCUUCCUGGUAGUCCCUCCGUGACAACAAACACUCCAAUGAGUCCUGAAGGAAAGCCGAGAAUGUCACUCCAGAAUACAUUUUUUUUUAAGCAAUAAAAUGGUGUCAAAUGUA